UAAGUGUUCGGUUGCGGCGUUGUACAAUAAUGUUAGCAAUAUUUUGCUAAUAUUAUUGUGAUACUAUCUAUGAAAUAACUUUCAACUUUAGGUUUUGACACACAAAUAUGGUCAAUCUCGGUCUCACUCGAGUGGACGAUGAGCUGGUAGCAAAACACCCGGGUUUAGAAAGUUAUGCCGCCUGUCAGUCUCAGGCCUUCAUGAAGGGGACUGGAAGCUUUGUGCUUGGUACUGUUGGCCUUUUUGCCCUCCAGAACGUUCUACAGAAGAGAUUUGCUUAUCCUCUGCAGUGGAACUUGCUCAUUUCCAUUGUGACGUCAUCGGCGGGCAGCUAUGCACUGACACGGUGGGAAACGCAGAAAUGCUCCGACCUGUGGUUGCUACUCGAAACUGGCAAAAUCCCGGACAGGUUGCCGCCACAAGUGCCUAAAAAAGAAGAACCACCCGGGACUGGGAAGACAAAAUAUGGUGAUGUGAUGGAUUGAAAGCCUUAUACAGUUAUACAGUGGAACCCGUCUGUUCGGGGACGUAGUUCAACCAAAAUGUUUUCAGAAAUAUGCCUCAAAGGUAAAACAAAACUUGGGGCUCAAACCGGCAUCAUGUAGGUUUUCUGAGACUUCUGCUCAGUGAGGAAGUGUAUUUUGCUUUUUCGUCAUUUCGACAUUUUCCAAAUUUAACUUAUCCUUCCACCGUUCUCCCAAUUCAAACCAUUCCAAUUUAAACAUAUUUUGUUCAUUCAGGAAAUAUUAAGAAUUACUGUUCACGUUCCCUAAAUUCACACAUUUUUCAGUGUUCCACAUUUGCAUGAAAAUAAUCCCAAAUGUAUGCAGACAUUUUUUCAAAUUUGCCUAAUGCUUACACAUUUCUCAACCGAUUUAAACCAUUGUAAUUUCUGUUAGCUCAUACAUGAAAUCUUCAAAACGAUUUUUCACAUUACAAAAAUAUUCACUUUAAAAAAUUCACAAUUACAUACACAGUUUUCAUGAUUUCCCCAAUUAAUGCAGACAUUUUUCAAAUUGUCCUAAUUCUUCCACAUUUCUCAACCACAAUUAGCUCCUUCAGGAUAUGGUGGGAACUAUUUUUUUUACAUUGCAUAAAUUCCCACUUUUCCCAAAUCAACCAAUUUUGCAUGGUAAAAUUCCCAAAUGAACGGCGACAUUUGACAAAUUGACCUCAUUCUUAUGUCAACCAAUCAAACCAUUGGAACGCCAAAUUGUGCAGCUCAUUCAGGACAUUUGCCUUUCCAUACUUGGGCUGCUAUUUUGCUAUAUGUUAGCAUACCUGUGGUUAGAAUGUUAGCAUUUGAUCAAUUAGCAUAGAAAUACAGAAGUACCUAAUAAUGGCACAGAGGAAAAGCGUAAUGAUAACCAUAAAACCAGGACCUGACUGUGAUAUAGGAACUUAUCUCAUAAAAUCAGUUGAUAAACGCUGUGUCAUAUUUGCAGUCAACAGAAUGUGCUUUAAGACUUCAUAGCAGCAUUAACAUGAGGAUAUACUGCAGGUCAGAGUUCGGUAUGGCUUUUUGUAGUGAUCAGAUGUUAAGCUUAUGAUCUGAUAUGAAUUUUUUUGGAGGAUGUGUUUGUUGGCUAUGUAAUACAUUUUAUACUGCAGUACCACUCAAUGGAUGCUGAACACAGACUGCUGGGAUUAACAAUCAAAUAAUUGAGGGGGGGGGGGGGGUCGAGUGAAAAUCUCUGAUAUUCAUGGACAUUAUUAUCUUUGCAAAGGUUUUUUAAAUACUGGAGUUCAUUAGAUUGUGUAAGUGUUCAUCUGUUUUGGCCACACUUGCUAUUUUAAAUCACCCUGCGUCUUGAAUGUGUGAGUAAAGCGGGGUACAAACAUCGAUUUUUGAAUUUUUAACUGAUUUAUAAAAUGUAUGAAACGACACACACAAGGUAAAAAUAUCAGUGUGUGUGCAUAAAGCUCUUAUAUUGUGUUGGAACUCUGUGUUGACCACACACAUAGCGAUUUGCAAAUGUAAAUAUUGAACAAAUUUAACAUUUACUAUCAUUGGCCAAGACCAUUUUCUGAACAGAUUGUAGUAGGAAAAAUCACUCUUAACACACCCCGCAGCAAAGGAUCAUCACUGAAGUUAAUUUUUUAGAGACAUCUGACAGUUAGGCGUUUUGAUGACUUUGACCGUGCUCAAAUUCAGCCUGAUUAUCAAUGUGUGUGUACCACCGUUUAAAAGUAAGUCUCUGCAUAUUCUGCUCCAUCCAACAAUACUGUCUUUCGUGACAAGUGAACGCAGUGAUAAAAGCUCUGCAUGUGAUCAUCCUCCCAUUGCAGUUACUCAAAUCUGAUUAAACAUCUCCAAGUUUUUGAACAUUCUCGCUCUCUGUUGCUCUCGCUCUCUUGUCUUUCGGAUCCAAGAAAUGAACGACAAAUCCCUUGUCACAUACACUCAGAUGCCGCUAAAAGAGAAAGAGGACAAACCAGAAGUAAUGAGGGACCCAAAGACUGUUGUUAACACGAGUGGAAAUGUGACUCAUACAAGCAGCUGGAGAACACUUGGCAACCUCUGGCAGCACUAAGCGGGGUCCACACAUACUGAAAAUCGGGCCACAUUCAAGCAUUUUCCCUUCCUUGUGAUCAAAGUCAGCAAAGGUCCGAUUAUCAGAUGUCUCUAAAAGAUUUGCCUGGGCGAUUGUCCUGUGGUGUGGGAUGUACUAAGAGUAAUUUUCCCCCCUCAACCCCCUCUGAAAAAGGUCUUGGCCAACAAUUGUAAUUGUUAAACCUGUUUAUAACAUAUGAUAGAAAAUACUUUUGUGUGUGGAGAACACCAAGUUUGGUUGAGGCACAGACUCUGUGAUUGUGACAAGAAAAGGAAACGCUAGCCAACUAAGCGAGGGUCACAACUUCACACGUAUCAUAAAUCGGACCGAAUUUGAGAUUUUUUUCCCCCCACUUUUUGAUCAAAGUAAGCAAAGGCCCGAUUAACGAAUGUCUCUAAAAGACUGAUUAUCCUGUGUGUCAGGAGUGAUUUCCCCCCCUCCACAAUCUGAUAGAAAAAUGGUGUGGGUUGCCAAUUGUAAAUGUUAAAUCUGUUCAAUAUCCACGAUCAAAGAUCCUUGUGUAUGUGGUCAAUAACGAGUUCGGCCGAGACACGUACUCUGUGAUCGUGAUGUGAAAGGAUAUGAUAGCCAAUUAGUAAGGUACACAUAGUGAUAAUCGGGCCAAAUAUGAGCAUUUGUCCUCCCCCAGAGGCCUCAUUGUCAGAUGUCUUUUAAAGAUUAACUUGAGUAAAUGACAAGGAAAAGCUUUGUUAAAAAAGCUAAAAGUUCAAGGCUAGGUUCUCCCAUUUCUUCGAAUGCCACUCAUUCUUUUUCUUUGUAUUUUCUGGCGGUCUGCCUCUCACUGGUCAGUUUUGGUACUAUAACAGACCUCGUUACAUAUUUGGUGUGCUUUGUUGACGAUCCAGAGUGGACCUCUCACGCUAAGAUUAGUAAGCAUACACAUGACAAUAUGUGGCUUCUCUUUCUAAGAAAUCGAUUAAGAUGUUAAAUCGGUCUGUGUACCGUGCUUUAAAAACACAAAUGUGUGUGUUUGCUUGCUCUUGGCCUUCUAUUUUAGUGUGGCAAAAAACUUGACAUCGCACUGUUAUUCCAUUGACAUUUUGGCAAAAAAAAAAAAAAAAUGCACAAAUGUGUUUGAUCCUUU